AAACUCAGCAUUGCUGUCUCUGCUCCACGAUAUAUACCCCUGGCUCGCAUACAUUAGUAUUGAGUUUAAAUAAGACGGCUCUUUCCUAGGCAGCUAGAGAUACGGCGAUACCGGGUUCCAGUGGCACGCGAGCUAAUUAGUGAAACGGACAAUCAAACUAUAGAAAUUACCUGGACAUAACUGAUUAUCUACCGUACAAGACAUGUAUUUGGCCCGACCAUGGAGUCUGCUAGUUCUGACGCUCUUAUACUUCAAGCUCACAAAAGCGGACACGGAAGUUGAAAAUGACGCAGACGCAGACAAAAGUCAUAACAGAGUAGCAAGGGGGUUGAGCUCAUUUGUUCGCAUCGGAAAAGAUGGUGAAGAUCAUUCUGUGGACGGACAGGAAAAACGAAUGAGUUCUUUUAUGAGAAUAGGAAAAUCCUAUGACUCACCAAACGAAAAUGAACUCAUGGACGAAAAUAAGCGUUUAAGCUCAUUUAUGAGAAUAGGAAAAAGUGCUUAUGAACCGCAGGAAAUCAAACGAAUGAGCUCUUUCAUGAGAAUUGGUAAAAAUUCUGAUGAUCCGAUGGAUAAACGAUUAAGCUCUUUCAUGAGAAUCGGAAAGAGCAAUGAUGGACCAAUCAACAAACGAUUAAGCUCGUUUAUGAGAAUAGGAAAGAGCAUGGAUGGAGAGCCCCUUAAUAAAAGAUUGAGCUCUUUCAUGAGAAUUGGAAAAAGUAUGGACGACGAACUACCGGAUAAAAGAAUGAGCUCAUUUAUGCGCAUAGGCAAAAGCCUUGCAGAAAAUGAAGUUGCAAAACGAUUAAGCUCAUUCAUGAGAAUAGGUAAGAAUUCGGAUGAACCGUUGGACAAGAGGAUGAGUUCUUUCAUGCGUAUUGGCAAAAGUAUGGACAAUCCCGAACAAAAACGGUUGAGUUCAUUCAUGCGUAUCGGCAAAAGUAUGGACAAUCCUGAAGACAAACGAAUGAGUUCAUUCAUGCGAAUCGGCAAAAGUAUGAACAAUCCCGAAGACAAACGGAUGAGUUCAUUCAUGCGUAUCGGCAAAAGUAUUGAAAAUCCCGAAGACAAACGGAUGAGUUCAUUCAUGCGUAUCGGCAAAAGUAUCGACAAUCCCGAAGACAAAAGAUUGAGUUCAUUUAUGCGUAUAGGCAGAAAUAUGGAUGGAGAAAAUGAGGUUUCGGAUGUGGACACCGGAAGUGACGACGAGCAACAAGAAAAGAGGAUUAGCUCAUUCAUGCGUAUAGGACGAAGUGCAGACGAAAGUGGCGCAGACAUGAAAAGAGCAUUCAUACGAAUUGGAAAGAUCCCGACAUCGUCCUUUAUGAGAAUAGGGAGGCGGCCUUAUGUCAGAGUUGGGCGUCUUGGUCAUUCGUCUUUCAUAAGAAUAGGCAAACGCGCCGACGAGUCAGUAUGAACACGUCAUAUCCGCCGUCCAGAAAGGCCGCUUCCUGUCGGAAUUAACUAUAAACAGAAAAAUACAUAUUUUUUAUCACUUUCACGUCAACAUCUCUAAAAGUAAAUUGAAAAAUUCAUAGAACUAUAGGACAAUGUUAUAAGGUAAACUAUAUACACAACGUAUCAAGUGGCGGAGGACUGGGAUGUACUUGGUAUUGUGUAUUGCACAUCAGCACGAACGUGAACUGGACUUGAAAGUGUACCGAUUAUAUAUAUAAUGCUAAACUGUGUAAACGUUGACAGCCCGGACAUAUAUUUAAUAUCUAACAAUACUGUACUACCAAACACUCAGCCUGUCUACAUAUGAAAUUUACAGAAGGAAUAUAGGAUAUGAUAGAUGAAAAUGAAAUGACAUCGACUUCAACGCUAGUGAUAAAACUUGGUUAUAACUAAUGCUUAUUUCCUGAGGUGAAUCCUACCACACAAUGAUGUACAUUGAGAUUUCAGUCCAUCACGAAAUAACGUUAGACUCUAUUUCAUGUCAUUUUAUUUUCCCCAACAUAUUAUACAAGAAAAUGUAAUUAUUUCUUAACCAAUCUAUAUAACGUUAUAAAUAUAGAAUGUUUUAUACAUUGAAUAAGAAAUUACUUAAGAAGUUGUUGAGAAGUAGGAAAGUACAUUUUUUAUAGAAUAGAGUGUCAACUUCACCAGUGUCAAAGAACGUUUGGUAUGCAGUAAGUACCGUGAAAGUGGAAUUUUCGUAACGAAAGAAUCAAAAAAUGAUUUUUCGUCAACUGACAGAUGCCAUAGCACAAAAUAAUGCUGUAUGCAGCAUCUAUGACACUUGUAUACCGGCAACGGUUAUAAUGUGAAGAUAUGCAUACCUCCCUUAACAUUGCUAAUACGACAUAUAAGGAGAAUAGAGUCCGGAGGAAACACGUGAAGAAAUCUCCCUGCCUUCUUUAUUCUGUAUAAAUGAAUAUUGACAAAAAUUCUGCUUUCAUAGUUUACAUAGAAGUACAAGAUAGUAUGAUAUGUUUACAGUAUGGUGUGAUUACAUGAUCAGCAAAUAUAACACAUCAAUUAAUUUUCAAAUUAAUGGUGUCUUAAAGAUAUUGCUUACAUCAGACCUUUCCGCUUGCCAAGUCGUCAAACGAAAACGCUAGAUCACUAAUCUGAAUACAUGUAUAUCAAAAUAGUAUUUUGAACGACACCGAUAUUAUAUAAUAUUCAUAGUGCGUAAAGCUGGAUUUGCGUUUGACGUGACGACAUGGCAAGCUGGGGCAUCAAUUUAUCAGGAGGUUUGGUUCACAAUAUCAAACACCAGGACUAUACCAUGAACUAGCUGCGUCGUCUCGUUUGAGCAAUACUUAUAUGCAAUAAAACAAGAUAGAAAACUAAACGUCGCGAUAACUGGAUGCCUGUACAUAAUUAAAUGUGAUUAGGCCCGCCACUAAGAAGAGGAGCAAAGGGUUUGUUACAUGUUCAAAUUGUUGUUGAUUAAAAUAUCAUUUCUAAAAUUC